AUGGCUUCUCAACACCCCCUCGAGAUCCUGCCUAGCAAGGAACAGGCCGGAGCAGAGCAUGUAUCCGAAGCAGACCACACGCAGAGCGAUAUCAAGGAGGUCAAGGUCCAGUCCGUCGAGCUCGCCGAUGCCAUCGCCAAGGACCAGCCCGACUUUAGGUCCCGCUCCAUGAUCACUCUCUAUGCCCUCAUGCUCUUCGCUACGCUGAACGGCUGCAUGAACGGCUACGACGUCUCUGUCAUGAGCUCGAUCAACGCCAUGACGCAGUGGCACGACUAUUUUGGCGUCGGGCACACUGGGUCUCAGCUCGGUCUCGUCAUGGCCAUCUACACGGGCGGCACCACGACCGGCAGCGUCUUUAGCGGGUUCAUCGUCGACACGUUUGGGCGGCGCAUGGGCAUGGCCACGGGGGCCAUCUUCAUCAUCAUCGGCUCCAUCGUGCAGGCGUCGUCGACGACACUGGCGGCAUUCAUUGGUGGCCGCUUCAUCGUCGGAUUCGGCGUGCCACAGUGCACAACGGCGGCGCCCAUGUACAUUGUCGAGAUGGCGUUCCCCACCUGGAGAGGCCUCGCCGGCGGUCUCUACAACGUGCUGGGCUGCGGCCAGCUGGUCGUGCUAUGGCCUCGCCAACAUUCAGGGCAACAUGUCGUGGCGCAUCCCGUACAUCAUCCAGGCCAUCCCGGCGACAAUCGUGGUCGUCUUGGCGUUUUUCAUCCCCGAGAGCCCCCGUUGCUCUUCGGCAAGGGGCGCAACGCGCAGGCGAAGAAGGUGCUCGUCAAGUACCACGGCAACGGCAACGACGACUCGGCCGUGGUGCGGCUCGAGUGUGAGGAGAUCCAGUACUCGGUGGAGACGAACGCCGAGCUGCGCGACGGCAAGUGGUGGGACUACGGGGUGCUGUUCCGGACGGCGGCGUCGCGGUACCGCAUGUGGCUCAUCUUCCUCAUCUCGACCUUUUCGCAGUUCACGGGCGGCGCCGUCAUCUCGUACUACCUGCCGACGAUCCUGCAGACGGUGGGUAUCACGUCGCCGCGGCAGCAGCUUCUGAUGAACGGCCUCAACACGGUCUUUUCGUUCUGCGGCGGCAUCGUCGGCUCCUUCUUCGUCGACAGGGUCGGGCGGCGCCGCUGCUGCUGUGGGGGCGUGUUCCUGACGGGCCUCAUCUACGUGCCCAUCAACGUGCUCGCGGGCCUCGCCGACGGCAACAUUGAGCGGGCGUCCGGGUACGCCUUCAUCGGCAUGAUGUUCCUCUACGGCAUCGUGUCGUCGUUUUGCUGGACGCCGCUGCAGGCGCUGUACCCGGCCGAGGUGCUGAGCACGGACAUUCGGGGCAAGGGGCUGGCGGCCAACAACCUGAUCGCCGGGCUGUUCGGCUUCAUCAACCUCUAUGCCAUCCCGACGGGUCUCGAGAACAUUGGCUGGCGGAUGUACACGAUCCUGCUGUCGCUGCACGUGGUGCACUGGGUGCUCAUGUGGUUCGUGUCCGUGGAGACGAUGGGCCGGUCUCUGGAGGAGCUCGAGGAGAUUUUCAACGACCCAAAGCCGGUCCAGAGGAGCAAGCAGUUCAACAAGGUUGUCGUCGGCUCGGGCGUGGGCGUCAAGGUGACGGACGCCUGA